AUGGAAAGCAGAGGAAGACCAAGUGCUGAUCAGGCACGUGGAGAAGUACGGACCCCGCGAGUGGAGCUCCAUUCGAUCCAAAGGCCUAUUGCAGCGCACCGGCAAAUCCUGCCGCCUUCGCUGGGUCAACAAGCUUCAACCCAACCUCAAAACGGGAUGCAAGUUUACAGAGGAGGAAGCGAGGGUGGUGAUCGAGUUGCAGGCCCGCUACGGCAACCGAUGGGCCAAGAUCGCCACCCAUUUGACCGGCAGAACUGA